AUCGCAUUGGGACAUAUGUAUACACUUGGCCUACACUUGUGGGCCACAAAUCAAAGAACUUGAUCAAUUGAAUGCCUUCGAACAGGUGCUAAGUGCGCUCUCAAAGAUGUUUCUCGCAGUUAAUCAAAGUCUGCACAACUCGAAGAAGCGUCGUGAGAAGGGCACAACAACAACAGCGACAGCGACAAGAGACAGACAAUCCCGAGAGACAACAGAUUCCACAACACAGCUGGUGGCCAAUAUGCUUAUGAAUGCCCCAAGCCCAUCGACAGAGACAGACGCAAUCAGUGUGGCAACCACAUCCCCCAUGGGGAAUAAAUGCGAGAGCUGCCAGCACAUGCAACAGUCGCAACGCCAGUCGGUGGCAACAUGCGAGCCCUGCAACUGUGCCUGCAACUGCAUCAAUAAGCUUGAAGCCAGCGCCAAUGUGCGCACCUCCCUCGUCCUCGUCUACAUCUAUUUGGGUGCCCUCACCCUCAUGAUGGCAACCCUCGCAAUUCUCUUCUAUACCUACACCCAAUCCGCUGAAGAGUCGCCCACGCCAGCGAUGCUCAACCAGAGGGCGUUCCAUGCCCAGUUCCAAGGUGAACUAUUGAAAUCGGAGCAUAUGCUGCGGGCGAUGGUCACACAGAUUAUGGAAAGGGAUUAUCCCUUAGAUAUGGGCACUACCACAGCUCAGCCGAGUAGUAUGGGCAUUAGCGUUGUCCGGAACGAGCGCAAGAUGAACGAUAAUUACCUGAGUCAUGUUCCAGAUGGGAAACGCAUUCGCAGAGACAUUGCCUCACCGUCACCCGCCUCCAUGCACGCGGAUCCAUUGAUUGAGUUCUUCAAUCCGAAUCAUCGCAAGGCAUUGGAGGAGCAGGACACCGAGGUACGCAAACGUACGGGUUUGAAGGGUGCAGCACCGGGUGGCGAUGAAUGGAUCUAUCUGAAUACAUAUUGCCGCGUGCCAGAGAAGAUUAUCACGGGGUUCUGUAAGGGCACGCAGGACUAUUGUCCGCCAUCACCGCAAGGUCCACCCGGUGCGGUGGGCCCCAAGGGACCCACUGGUAAUCCAGGACUACCCGGCAUACCUGGUCCCAAGGGCAAUCGUGGUGAUGUUGGCCUCCCUGGCGCUCCCGGUGUCGAUGGUGUGGGUCAACUAGGCGCAGCGGGACCGCGCGGACCCAAGGGAGACGCCGGCAGCACAGGCAGGGCUGGCCUAGAUGGCCGAGACGGUGUGCCAGGUGAGCCAGGGUUGGACGGUGUGCCGGGUCGUGCGGGUGCCGAUGGCAAAAAUGGACUGCCUGGCCGGGACGGCAAGGAUGGACUCCAUGGCAAAGACGGCAAAGAUGGCAUGUCCAUUACUGGUCCAAAGGGUGCUCAAGGGCCGCCAGGAGAGCGAGGUCUAAAAGGCAUUGCUGGUCCACGCGGACGUCCUGGGAAGCCGGGAACCAACGGCACACCGGGCGUACCGGGCAUCAAUACAUGGAAAAUGCAGUACCCCAAUGGAACUGCCUCCAAUGAUCUGCUAAUACCACCCUCCAUAACAGACCUGACUGCACCCAAUUUCCGACGUAGUGUCAUUGUGGAGGAGGGCAAGACGCUCAACAUGAGCUGCUCGGCGACGGGCAAUCCACAGCCGCAGGUGGAAUGGCGUCGGGAUGACGGUCGGACCAUCAAUGUGAAUGGCAUUGAGUUGAGCUCUAUCAGUGGACAGUUCAUCAAGUUCACGAACAUUACACGUCAUCAAAUGGCCGCGUACACGUGUCAUGCCAACAACGGCAUUGCACCGGUUGCAAAUGCCACAUUUCUGGUCGAAGUUCACUUUGCCCCCAUGAUCUCCGUUUACCGGCAGAUGAUCUACGCGGAGUAUCAGAGCAGCGCUACCUUGGAGUGCCAGGUGGAGGCGUUUCCGGAGGCAAUACGAUACUGGGAGCGUGCCUACGAUGGCAAGAUCCUCGAUCCCAGCGAUAAAUACCGCAUCGAAUCCUAUCCAGAUGGCUUCAAGACCUCAAUGCGUUUGACCAUCAGCAACUUGCGUAAGGAUGAUUUUGGCUAUUAUCACUGUGUGGCACGCAAUGAGCUCAAUGCCACAAUGGUCAACUUUGAGAUAGCACCUCAGGAUCCCAACAGCGAGACACCAUAUGUGGGCAACAAUGUCAAGGUUUAUGGACAGCGACCGCCCGAAAGCGAAUGUCCCGUCUGUGAUCAGUGUCCCGAUCCAAGCUUGUAUCAGUGUAAGGAUUCUAUAUUGAACAACUUUGAGAUACAGCCAACGGGCAAUCGCAGCUAUCCCGGCUUGCCCAAGCGUGUCAAGACCUGUUAUUUGUAUGCGGUGGGUAAGCCCGUUUUUCACAAGGUUGUCAAUGAGAAGUUUGGCUCGUGGUUGAGAGAUGCUGCCCCUAGGGAUAUUGAUCGGGAGAAAACCUUUGUGACAAAUGAGAACGAUGCGUAUAAUCUAUUUGAGUUCUCCACACGCAUACAGUAUCGCAUGAACAGUGUGCCCAGACACAAGUACGAAAUACCCGAGGGAUUUCAGGGCAAUGCACAUGUCGUUUAUAAUGGCUCCUUCUAUUACCAUCAAAAGAACACGGAUUUGGUGGUCAAGCUGGAUUUGACGACCUCCAAGAAGAUAAGCGUUCAAUUACCCUACGCCGGAGUCACUGCUGGCAAUCGACUCUACACGACGGACCAUAAUUACAUGGACUUUAAUGUGGAUGAGGUGGGUCUCUGGGUUAUCUAUAGCACACAUGACUCCAAUAACACGCUUGUGGCCAAGUUGGAUGCUGAAACUUUGAGAGUGCAGUACAACUUUAAUAUCACAUUGGAUCAUAAGCAAUUCGGUGAAAUGUUUAUUGUAUGCGGAAAUUUAUAUGCCAUCGAUUCGGGCACCGAUAAAAAUACCCAGAUACACUAUGUAGUGGAUCUCUACAAAGGCAAAUUGCACAAUGCCAAUUUACCCUUCUCAAAUCCCUUCAGCUAUACGACAACAGUUGGCUACAAUCCCUUGACUGUGGAACUAUACUCAUGGGACAAGGGCAAUGCACUGACAUAUCCUAUACGCUAUAAUGAACACCGUUUAGCUGCAGAUAAUAUCUAAAAACAAAAAUUGUUUCAUAUAAUAUAAAUAAAUUGUUCUUUUUUUUUACCACAA